AUGCCUGUCAAAAUGCUAGUCUUUCUUUACCGCAACCCCCAUCUGACACCGGAAGAAUUCAAGAAGUGCUACGAAGCGCACGUCAAACUUGUCAAGAAGAUCGCAGGCGGGGAUUUCCCUCUUUCCCAUCAUCGAAACUAUGUCUCCCGCAAUACAGUCGAAAUCCCUCCGGAUGGCUCUACCGCACGGAACGCCUUCACCCCGGCCAUUAUACUGCGCGGGCGACAGCCAGACUUCGACUUUGACGCCUACGCCGAACUUACUUUCUCAAAUCAGGUUGCCUACCAGGCCUUUGCAGCCAAGAUCUAUGCCCCGGAUGCCGCUGCCCAGAUAACUGCUGACGAGGAUAAAUUUCUGGAUCGGUUGAAGAUGGGAAUGGCCUUGGUUGGGGAGGUCAGAGUUACCGUGAAGUGA